AUGUCUGAAAUUCUCCCCAUCGCCGUCCCAGGCCAGCUCCUAGGAGCAAUCUCUGAAUACCUCCCCGGCCCCGGCACACAUAUCCUCCACGCCUCCCUGUACGCCUCAAUCCUUGGACCCAUCACCACCACCGCGCCCUCCAAACCAGCAGGUCCGCAGAAACGCCCUACGAAAAUCACCUCCGCAGCUCCAGUACCCCUGCCCACCAUCUCGAUCGAGCGCGACAUAACAUCGGCGAAAGAUAAAGAUGGGGGAAGUAAAGGGAAAGAGAUUCUGCCUGAAGUGAACAGCACGGUCUUGUGUAGAGUUACGAGAAUCACGCCGAAACAGGCGAGCGUCGCGAUAUUGGUUGUGGGUGAGACGGUGCUGGAUGGGGAGUGGCAGGGCUUGAUACGCGCGCAGGAUGUUAGGGCGACGGAGAAGGAUAAGGUGAAGGUUUUUGAGAGUUUUAGGCCGGGGGAUAUUGUGAGGGCUGUUGUGAUCUCACUGGGCGAUCAAUCCAAUUACUAUCUUUCGACAGCAAGCAAUAAUCUGGGUGUUAUCAUGGCGACCAGUGAGGCUGGCAAUUCGAUGUAUCCGGUUAGCUGGAAAGAGUACAAGGACCCUGAAACGGGAGCAAGUGAGAGCCGGAAGGUUGCGAAACCAUUUUGA